AUGAUUAAAGAAAAGUAUUAUAAUUAUAAGAUAGUUUAUUUUUUAAUAUUACAAUUUUAUCUAUUAUUUUUUUCUAAUAAAAUAUGUAUAGGAAUCUCUUCAGAAGUAAAAAUAAAUGUUAAAAGAACAGAGUAUCCAAAAAUUUUAUGUGUUAUAUUUUCUCAUCCAACAAAAGAAACAUCAACACUUAAUCAUAUUAUAAGAACAUGGUUAGCACAUUGUGAUAAGGCUCUUUUUAUUACUACCACAGGGGAAAAAUUUCAUGAUAAGGGAGAAGGAGGAAAAAAGAUGAGAAUUGAGGUGAUAAAAAUAUCAUCUGAAGGAGGGAGAAUGGAUAUUUUGAGAAAAACAAUAAAAUCUUUUAAGAUUAUAUAUAGUAAAUUUUUUAAUAAUACCACUAAACAGGAAUAUGAUUGGUUGUUAAAAGUUAAUGAUAACUCAUUUGUUGUUAUUGAAAAUUUGAAAAAAUUUUUAAAGAAUAAAAAUAAAAAUGAAAAUAUAUAUUAUGGAUAUAAUAGUAAUUUUAAUAAAAUAAAUAAAAAAAAAUUAUUGAACAAAAAAUAUAUUUCUGGUGGAUCAGGAUAUGUAAUUAGUAAAAAUGGAAUUAAAAAUAUAUUUGAAAAUAAAAAAAAUUUUUUAGAAAAUUGUAAUGAAAAAAUAGUUAAUGGUUAUGAAGAUAUUAUAAUUGGAAUAUGUUUUAAAAAAUUAGGUAUUAAAGGUGGUAAUAGUAGAGAUGAAAAUGGUUUUGAAACAUUCUUACCACCAGUAGUUAAAAAAAAAUAUAACUUAAACCUUUUAAAACAUGAAGAAAUGUUUAAUUUGUUCCCUGGUAAUAAAUAUGAAUGUCAAAGAAUGUCUCAAUAUCCCAUUAGUUUUCAUAAUAUAGUUUCAGAAAAUUUUUAUAUAUUAAAUUAUAUAUUUUAUAAAAGUAAAGUAAAUAUUAAUAUUUAUAAUGAAUAA